UUUGUCUCCAAAAAAUUCAUGUAAAAAUGUGACUAAAAUAUAAAUUCUUGCAAUGACAGUGCAAUGUCUUAAGGUAAUACUUUGGCAAACGCAAAACUUUGAAACAUCCAAUUUAAACGAUAUGUUUGUGAAGUAAGGAUAAGCCCACUGUAGUUAUGCUGAGAGUGCUUAAUGCUGAACUCCAUUGAGAACAGAUUUAGAGGCUGUGAAUGCCUUCUGCUGAGGCAGGCCAUCUCACUGGCCUCUCUUUGGCUGGAAGCUCUCCUUUGUGUGGCCCUACAAUGACGGUACGUGAGCACAACUAUCACCAAACGCUCAUUGUUUUUCAGCCAAUGGAAGCGACCCAAAGAGAAGACUGUUGCAGUUUGUGUAUGUAUGUAGGUAUGUAAUGUGUGUGUGUUUGCUUGCAUAUUGCUAAAAGAAGUGUGUUUGCACUUCCUCUAACUCCAUGACCACAUGAAAGGUGUGUCAUAUAACCGGACAACCAAUCAGAGGUCAGCUGUUUGAAUUUAUGCCAGGGAUUUUUGGUUUGCAAGACUUAAGUGGUGGGGGCAAAAGGCAGUUUUCAAUCUUUAUAAAAACACUAUCCCAGCGAGACGUGAGAUGCCCUAUACACCAUCUGGUUUCUUUUGCGACCGGUUAAUCCGGGAGCGAGAGAGAAGAGAUGGAGAAGGAUCGUUGAGCAAACCCAUCCGCUUCAGCGGUCAGGACUACAAUGUCCUCAGACAGGAGUAUCUGCAGAAGAAAACGCUUUUCGAGGAUGAAACCUUUCCUGCUACUGUGGAGUCUCUUGGCUACAAAGAGUUGGGCCCCAAAUCCAGCAAAGUCAAGAACAUCGUCUGGAAGCGGCCCAAGGAGAUAUGUGAAAAUCCACAGUUCAUUGUUGGAGGUGCUAGCAGGACAGAUAUCUGCCAGGGCGAUCUGGGAGACUGCUGGUUGCUUGCAGCUAUCGCAUGUCUAACUCUAAAUGAGAAGCUGCUGUAUCGUGUUAUACCUCAAGAGCAAAGUUUCUCAGAGGGCUAUGCUGGAAUUUUUCAUUUCCAAUUUUGGCGUUAUGGAGACUGGAUGGACGUUGUCGUUGAUGACUGCAUUCCCACUAUUAACAACCAGCUGGUGUUCACUAAAUCUGCUGAGAGGAAUGAAUUCUGGAGCGCUCUCUUGGAAAAAGCUUAUGCCAAGCUUCAUGGUUCCUAUGAGGCUCUUAAGGGUGGGAACACUGCUGAGGGAAUGGAAGACUUCACUGGAGGUGUUACUGAAUUUUAUGAAAUGAAGGAGGCACCCAAACAGCUGUAUAAGAUCAUGCAGAAAGGUCUGGAGAGAGGCUCCCUCAUGGGCUGCUCCAUUGAUUCCCUGGUUCCAGCCCGCUUUGAAACCCGCACUACAACAGGGCUUGUGAAGGGCCAUGCCUACUCUGUGACUGCUGUAGAGGAGUGUAAACAGCAAAAGGAAUCUAAAGUACGUCUGGUUCGUAUACGUAAUCCCUGGGGUCAAAUCGAAUGGAACGGACCAUGGAGUGAUAAUUCAAAAGAGUGGGAAACCAUCCCUAAAUCAGAAAGGGAGAAACUCCAGCAACAGAAUGCAGAAGACGGAGAAUUCUGGAUGUCAUUUGAGGAUUUUAAGAAAAAUUACACCAAGAUUGAGAUCUGCAACUUGACCCCUGACGCUCUUGAGGACGAUAAGUUACACAAAUGGACAGUGUCUGUGAAUGAGGGACGCUGGCUAAAGGGCUGCUCCGCUGGAGGAUGCAGAAAUUAUCCCGAGACAUUCUGGACAAACCCUCAAUACCGCCUGCGUCUUCACGAGGAAGAUGAUGAUCCAGAGGACGAUGAAAUAGCCUGCACUUUCGUGGUUGCUUUGAUGCAGAAAAACAGACGUCGAGAACGCAAGUUGGGUGCGAAUCUCUUCACUAUUGGAUUUUCCAUCUAUGAGGUGCCGAAGGAGAUGCAUGGAAACAAGCAGCACAUGCAGAAGGACUUCUUCAUGUCCAACAGCUCCAAGGCCCGUUCCAAGGCUUACAUCAACCUGCGAGAGGUGACGCAGCGUUUCAGCCUGAGUCCUGGAGAGUACGUCAUUGUUCCCUCCACCUACGAGCCCCACCAGGAAGGCGAAUUUAUCCUCCGUGUCUUCUCUGAAAAGAGGAACACCUCUGAGGAGAUAGAGAACAGGAUUGAAGCUGAUCAUCCAGUGCCGGCUCCAGCUUCCACUGGGGAGGAAAGUGAAGAGGACCAGCAGUUCCUGUCCAUCUUCCAGCAGAUCGCAGGGGACGUGAGUACUGGGGAGCCAGUGAGCGCUGGGGGGAGUCAAAUGGAAAUCUCAGCCAAUGAGCUCAAAGAUGUUUUGAAAAAGUUACUUACUCAUUAUAAGGACAUACACACCGAAGGCUUUAGUCAGGAGAAUUGUAGAAGCAUGAUCGCCCUCAUGGACAUGGACGGAACAGGAAGACUUAAUCUACAAGAGUUUAGACACUUAUGGAAUAAAAUCAAACAGUGGCAGGGAAUCUUCAAGCGCUAUGACUUUGAUCAUGCUGGUACAAUCAGCAGCUAUGAGAUGAGAAAUGCCAUCAAUGAUGCAGGGUUCCGUCUGAAUAACCAGCUGUAUGACGUCAUCUCCAUGCGUUACGCCAAUGAGAACAUGAACGUCGACUUUGACAGUUUCAUCAGCUGUCUUGUUCGACUGGAGGGAAUGUUCAGAGCAUUCCAGGCCUUUGAUAAAGAUGGAGAUGGCACCAUUAGACUUAAUGUACUGGAGUGGCUCCAGCUAACCAUGUAUGCAUAAAUCAUCUGUGGAUCCAGGUGAGCCUGACCUCAGCAAGGACCAGAACCACCAGCUCUUACCUCAUCACUCAAUGUGCCAGACUACUGUUACCUCUUUCUCUGUACCUCAGCCCACACUGACCAUCAGCUAAUGUCUCAUUCUUUAAACAUUAUUACCAAUUCUGUUAUGUACUGGGGCGACAUGAUGGAUGAAACCAACAUGCGAGCCAACCACAUCAGUCAUUGCUAUCACUUUUUAGUCAGGAUGUGAAAGACACAUUUCAGGGUCAUUGUACACAAGUCACUUGAUUAAUUUUCAACAUGGUUACCAGUAUUCUGUCUCAAUUCCUCAUACAGUACAACAUGCUUUUCACAUGAUAAGUGAUGAUUCAGUGUCUGUUAUGUGUUACAGGAAGCAUUUACCUCACAAGCAUCACAAGUGGGCCUUUAUGUCAUAAGUUCGUACUAAAUAGCAGUUUCCAUAUCUCACCUUAUAAUUUCUUAGUAAUCCUAAUGGUCCACUUUGCAUUUACUUUUAUCAGUGGCACUGGUUUCUCAGUCGUAAAACUUUUUUUGCAUCCAGUUUACUUGAAUCCCAUUUAAUAAAAAAAUAAAUAAACCCAAGAACGAGCGGACCACGUAGAUCAGGGCUAUUAAACUCAUUCCCACCCCCUUUACAAAUGAUUUUUCCAGAGACUUGUUAAAAAUAAGAAACAGUAAAAACCAGAUGAGAAUCAUCACAAAGCCACACAAAACUUGUGACUGCCUGAUGGCAGCAGUGUUCAGGGUCUUUAUUUUAUACUGUGGGCAUGGACUAGACUAACCCUUUUGUUUAAAUGAGUGUACUGACUUCACUUGUUAAACCAAAUAAAUAAUUGUGGAGUUCUUGGUUGAAGUGCUUUCACACAAAA